AUGCAUUCACGGCAUUACAGAAUUUGUCCAUCUUUCUCCUCCUACCCCCUUUUCUCUCUUCCUCUCUCUCUCUCUCUCUCUCUCUCUCUCUCUCUCUCUCUCUCUCUCUCUCUCAAGAAAAGAGCGGAUGUGUUUUUAAUUUCUUCUUCUUCUUCUUCUUCUUCUUCUUCUUCUUCUUUCUUCUUCUUCUUUCUCUUCUUCUUCUUCUUCUUCUUUCUUCUUCCUUCUUCUUCUUCUUCCUCCUUCUUCUUCUUCUUCUUUCUUCUUCUUCUUCUUUCUUCUUCUUUCCUCCUCCUCCUCCUCCUUCUUCUUCUUUCUUCUUCUUCUUCCUCCUUCUUCUUCUUCUUCUUCUUCUUCCUCCUUCUUCUUCUACUUCUUUCUUCUUCUUCUUCUUCUUCUUCUUCUUUCUUCUUCUUUCUUCGUCUUCUUUCUUCUUCCUCCUCCUCCUACUUCUUCUUCUUCUUCUUCUUUCUUCUUCUUAUUCUUUCUUCUUCUUCCUCCUCCUCCUCCUCCUUCUUCUUUCUUCUUCUUCUUCCUCCUACUUCUUCUUCUUCUUCUUCCUCCUUCUUCUUCUACUUCUUUCUUCUUCUUCUUCUUCUUUCUUCUUCUUCUUUCUUCUUCCUCCUCUUCCUUCUUUCUUUCUUCUUCUUCUUCUUCUUCCUUCUUCUUCUACUUCUUUCUUCUUCUUCUUCUUUCUUCUUCUUCUUCUUUCUUCCACCUCCUCCUCCUCCUCCUCCUCCUUCUUCUUCUUCUUCUUCUUUCUUCUUCUUCUUCUUUUCUGCUGGAAAUUCUGAAACCCAGAUGCUGUCUUAUUUUAUCAUUACCAACAGUACUAUCAAUUCUUUUACUCUUCUUCGUUCUUCUUUCCUACACCUUUCAACUUUUGUUCAUUUUCCUUUUCUUAUCCCUUUGUCUUUAAAUUCUUUUAUUUAUUUUAUUCGUCCGCUACCUUCACUUCACUCUUCUGUCUCUCUCUCGCCUUCUCUCUCAAUCCUUCCUUCUACAUCUAACAACAUUAUUACGUCAUUAUUUUUGCACCAACCUAAUAUAAUACUUCUCUUCACAAUCUUAUUAUUCUCUUUUACUUACAUACUUCCCCCUCCUCCUACUCUUCCUUCUUUUGCGUCUUCUUUCUCAUGCUUGUUUUCCUCCUCCUUUCGUAUUGUUCUCUUAUGUCAUUACUUCUUUUUGUUUCUUGGUUUUGUUGUCUUUCUUCUUCUCCUCUUUCUCACUUACAUCUUCUUCUUCCCCUUUCUCUUCAUUAAUCUAUACUUCUACACCAUCGUCUCCGUCCACUUCCAUCUUUUCAUCUUUCUUACCUUCUUGUUUUCCGCCUCCAACCUACUCUUCUUCUCGUCUAAUUUCUCUCUCUUCUACAGCUUUUUCCUCUUUGUUCUUCUCGUCACCAAUGUCCCCCUUAAGCUUUUUUUUUUCAUCUUCUCACACCUUUUCUUUUUUUUUUUUUUUUCUUCCUUGUCUUUCUACACCGGCCUUUGUUUCUCUUCUAUAUCAUUCGACUCAGAUCCCUUAAACUUCUCUUCUUAUCCCACCCUUUUCUUUUUCUUCCUUUUUAUCACCCCUCCGUCCUUUUUCUUUGUCAUCUCAUUCCCUCUUUCCUUUCUCUCUCUGUUCCUAUAUACAUACUUUUCUUACAGAAUAUAUCACCAAAAGUUAUUUGAAAUUCUAAUUUUUUAA